CUCCACCCUAAAGAGAAACGUUCAUGUUUGUUUCCUGGCCGAAGACAACAGAUAACACUCAGCAGCCAGUCGACAUGGCUUCAGCCAGCAGCCUCGCAUUUGAAGAACAGCUCCUGUGUUCAAUCUGUCUGCAUGAGUUCACUGAGCCAGUCUCUACACCAUGUGGACACAACUACUGUAAGGCUUGUAUCACAGGAUACUGGGCCACCAAUGACCUGACAGAGUGUCCCCUCUGUAAGAAACAAUUUUACCAUCGACCACAGCUUCAGGUCAACACAGAGUUCAGAGACAUGGCUGAGCGUUUCAACAACAUGAGACUGAGGGGUAAAGAUAACACCCUUGCCAAACCAGGGGAAGUCCCCUGUGACAUCUGCCCUUGGCCGAAGUUCAAGGCCCAGAAGACAUGUCUGUUGUGUUUGUCCUCUUACUGCCAGUUUCAUCUUGAGCUUCAUCGGGGAGUCACAGCCCAUAUGAAGCACCAGCUGAUCGACCCGGUGUCAAACCUGGGUGACAGGGUGUGUAAGAAGCACAACAAGGUGUUUGAGCUCUUCUGUCAUAGGGACCAAGUGUGUGUUUGUUCCGUGUGCUUGAAAGACGACCAUGCCAUGCACAAAGCUGUCCCGUUAGAGCGUGAGAUCGCAGAGAGGAAGGCUCAUCUGGAUGAUGUUGCAGCAGAGAUAAAAACGUUGGAAAACGCUAAAUCCAGGAGCAUUGAAGAAGUCAAAUGCAAAGAGGAACGGAGCAAGAAACAGUCACAGAAAGAGAUGGAAGACAUUGAUGAGGUUUUCACUGAUCUGAUUCUCUCUCUGCAAAGAAAACAGUUUGGGCUGGUUGAGUUGAUCAAAGAGAAACAGGAAGAAGCAGAGAAGCAGGCUAAAGACAACCUGACAAAGUUGAAGCAGGAAAUCGCUCUGUUGAGGAAGAGAAGAUCUGAAAUAGAGGAGCUUUUACAAACAAAGGAUGACCUCCAACUCCUGCAGAGCUGUCUUUCUCUGGACUUCCCUGUAGAACACGGGUACAAAUUUGACCCCAUCUGCCUCUUGGGGGCUUCAUUAUCCCUCCCAAUCUCUGACGUCAGUCGACAGAGUUACGCAGUGGUGGUGAGAAAAGCUGUGGCUCAGGUGGAGAAGUCAUUUAGCAAUGAGAUGGAGACGCUUAUACAUGAGGUCAGGUUAUCUAAUGGCUCUGAAGUGAUAGAGCCGUGUGGUGCCGCUGAAAAGCCAGUGUCGGAUAGGUUCAUUAAAGAAGUGUGGAAUCCGCCUCAGGACAAGCUGAUGAUGAUCCAACAGUGCAACGCAGUGGAUGUGACUAUGGAUGCCUACACAGCCCAUCCAAGUCUUGUGGUGUCAGGGAAUGGAAAACAACUGAGAGUUCGUGAUGGCCAACUGCAUUUACAUGCUUUAUUUGGGCACAGAUUUCGACAUCAUAAAUGUGUUCUUGGGGAAGAUGGCUUUUCAUCCGGAAGGUUCUAUUUUGAGGUCAGGGUCCCGGGUUGUAGCUGCUGGAUCUUGGGAGUGGUCAAAGAGUCCUUUGAUAGGGAGUUGAUGUAUAUCCCCGGCCCUGAGGAGGGUUAUUGGACAUUUGCAGGAUUCAACCCCCUGCUCCAGACAGUUGGUGUGUUUGUCGAUCAUGAAAAGGGAGAGGUCUCCUUCUACAAUGUGGACACCAGGACACAGAUCUACUCCUACACAGGAUGUAACUUCAAAGAGACAACGCCAGCACUCAAAACGUUUCUCUAUUCCAUGGCUGGAACUCAUGUAAGCAGCAGAUUAAAGCUCUUUCCUUGUUUAGGUAUUAUGGAAGGGUUACCUAUUGACGGACUUGAAAUCAUUCCUGUGACCCACUAAGUGAAGGUUUGAGAAGAUCUGAAAACGCUUUGUCCUUCCAGAUACCGAGCCCAAAGCUGAACUUUUGUAUGAGUGAUUACCGAGUAUCAAUACAUACCAGCACAAUUCCUUUAAGAUAAAGGAUACAAAUGAUUAUGGACACCUUUAACAACAAUAUCCUGCUCAUAAUGGUCUGCUGAAAAAUAAUAGAACCACUGCCAUGUGUCUUCAUUUGUUUUGCUAUUUCAUUUCAAAGCUUUAUCGAGCUGGGACAGCUUUGUUGAGCUGGGUUUCCUUGUCUAAAGGAUUUGAAUCAUACCUGAAAAAGUCUGUACCAUAUCAAGCUUUUCUAAUGGAAUGGAAACACCUCGAUAUAAGAUGUGGGAUUAAGUUUGUUGCUUCACAUUGAGCUUUUCUGAGCUCUCAUGUAAUACUUCAGCGCUCUGUUAUAGUAUUCACGCACACAUGUUUUAGUAAUACAGUAUAUAUAUCCUGCAGCAAACAAGAUCAUCUAGAGCACACUAAAUAUCAGUGUAAUAUUUGUACAUGUUUCUUAGCUUGUUGUUUCACAGCCGUAAUUCAAAAACAGUGAUGCAGGAAACAUAAUUUACUUGACAGUUCAUGUUCUUGUUCAUGGCGUUAAUUUGAUCAUUUUCAUAUAUUGCAAAACUUGUAUAUGACCAGAAGAUGGCAGCAUUGCUUAACAAUAUGUCGUUUUUUGGCUUGUAUUUUGUUUUACGUUUGUUGGUCUGUUAAAAUAUAUUUACUUUUUCAUGAAUAUUUUCAUAUUUUUUCAGUCUUAGAGAUUUUCUCUCAUUUUACAGAACAAAUGAUUUUGUUAUUACAAAGUCUGUGUAGCUUUAAUAUCGAAGUUGGCAGUGCAAAAACCCCUUCAUUAUCUGUCCUUAUGCAAGUGGCUGUAACCUUUUUCAUUAGUGACUUCUGUCAAUGUAAUUAUACAAUUGAGUCCAUAUGAUCUGUAUUUGUUCUUUGACAAACAAUUUCACUCUCUUUUUAAAAUAGGUAUACUUAUUUGUACUUAUCCGCCAUGAUUCUAACGAAAGGGCAUUUCAACUGCAAGUGUUUGUUAAACUGUAUGCAA